CCUUCAAAGCAUUUAUUCCUGCCGGUACACUUGUGCGAUCAUCUGCCAGUAAAAUGAGUUCCCAGUUGGAGAAGGCCUUGGAGAGCCUCAUCCAUGUUUUUCAUAGCUAUUCUUCCAAAGAGGGUGAUAAGUACAAGUUAAGCAAAGGAGAGCUGAAGAGUCUCCUACAGGGAGAACUCAAUGGCUUCUUGUCGGCCAGUAAAGACCCAAUGGUGGUAGAAAAGAUAAUGAGAGACCUGGACGCGAACUGUGACGGGGAAGUCGACUUCCAGGAAUUCGUAGUUCUCGUUGCGGCAUUGACUGUGUCCUGUAAUGAAUUCUUUGUUGAAUCCAUGAAGAAAUGAAUCUUCCUCCUCCUGAAGUUUCCUUGUUUAAUAAACACCAUAAGCUUUCA